AUGACCAGACAACGAUGCCUAAAUGUCGACAACACUUUAACAACGAAGACUGUCAACAACGGACUAUCAUAUACAAAUGUCGACACCAGUUCAGCAAUGAAGACUGUCAACAACGGACUACCAUAUACAAAUGUCGACACCAGUUCAGCAAUGAAGACUGUCAACAACGGACUACCAUAUACAAAUGUCGACACCAGUUUAGCAAUGAAGAAUGUCAACAACGGAUUACCAUAUCCAAAUGUGGACACCAGUUUAGCAAUGAAGAAUGUCAACAACGGAUUACCAUAUCCAAAUGUGGACACCAGUUUAGCCGUGAAGAGUGUCAACAACGGAUUACCAAUACUGAAUGUCAACACCACUUUAACAAUGAAGAAUGUCAAUAUCAGAUUACCAUAUCUAAAUGUCGACAGCAGUUUAACAAUGAAGACUGUCAACAACGGAUUACCAUAUCCAAAUGUCGACACCAGUUUAGCAAUGAAGAAUGUCAGCAACGGAUUACCACAUCCAAAUGUGGACACCAGUUUAGCCGUGAAGAGUGUCAACAACGGAUUACCAAUACUGAAUGUGAACACCACUUUAACAACGAAGAAUGUCAAUAUCAGAUUACCAUAUCUAAAUGUCGACAGCAGUUUAGCAAUGAAGACUGUCAACAACGGAUUAUCUUAUCCAAAUGUCGACACCACUUUAACAACGAAGACUGUCAACAACGGAUUACCAUAUCUAAAUGUCGGCACCAGUUUAGCAAUGAAGAAUGUCAACAACGGAUUACCACAUCCAAAUGUGGACACCAGUUUAGCCGUGAAGAGUGUCAACAACGGAUUACCAAUACUGAAUGUGAACACCACUUUAACAACGAAGAAUGUCAAUAUCAGAUUACCAUAUCUAAAUGUCGACAGCAGUUUAGCAAUGAAGACUGUCAACAAUGGAUUAUCAUAUCCAAAUGUCGACACCACUUUAACAACGAAGAUUGUCAACAACGGAUUACCAUAUCUAAAUGUCGGUACCAGUUUAGCAAUGAAGAAUGUCAACAACGGAUUACCACAUCCAAAUGUGGACACCAGUUUAGCCGUGAAGAGUGUCAACAACAGAUUAUCAUAUCUAAAUGUCAACAUCACUUUAACAACGAAGAAUGUCAAUACCAGAUUACCAUAUCUAAAAGUCGACAGCAGUUUAGCAAUGAAGACUGUCAACAACGAAUUACCAUAA